CGAUCAUUUCCUCCCAAAGCGCAUUUCUUCAGCGGCAACUGCCGACGGCGUAGACCGCUUUCCUUUUUCGGACAUGACUUCUAGGUUGGACCGGCUCCUCCUUCUCCUUGACACUGGCUCGUCAUCCUCCGUGAGGAAUACCGCAGCAAAGCAGCUUGCGCAACUUGCAGCAAAGAGCGUUAUCAGCGACGUUGCAACCGAGGAUGACAUCAAGACCACCCGCCAACGUGCCUCGCUCGAGGAUUCAUCUGCAUGGACGGAGUUGAUGUCAGUGGUGGCGCGGAUAUUACCAUACUUGCAGUCAAGGAACUUCGAGACUCGCUCUGCAGCAUCCAAUGCCCUCUCACAAAUAUUUUCGCUGGUGCCUGUAUGGCGGCCUCAAGAGACGGACAUGAAGGUUGACGGAGAUUCAUCUCCACCCGAAUUUCCUGCGUUCUCUGUCCAGAUCUUGAUGCAGGGCGGAAAGCUCCUCCUCGCAUCGUCGGGGAAGGAAUUCUCAAAACCACAAGGGAUUCUUUCCAACCCUGUCGAGCUGAAACGUGCACGGAAGGAGGCGAUGGGGAGGUUGGGCUUGGACUUCCUGGACAGCGUAGGUGGGGCGGAUGAGAUGGACCUUGACAAGGAGUUGGGCAUGGAGGAGAAUGGGGAUGCGGAGCCAGAACCGGAGAGUGCGGUGAAGAUGGAACUGACUGUGCCUCCCAUGACGCCAAUAGAGGUGGAUCCGCCAGUCAAGAGAGAACAACCUCAUGCGAUCCAGAUCCAGACGUCUGGGUCUACGCCAUCCUCCCCUCCUCCAGCUACGCCUUUAACACCUGCCGGCGAUGGCCCGGAUCUGAGCGGACUAUCUGCUCGCGAACGGAAUCGUCUCAAGCGCAAACGCAAACCCGGCAACUCCGCGUUUGUGGCUGCCCCACCUCCAACGAAUGCACCGGGGGCGAAAUACACACCAACAAUUGCAGGACCAUCGAAUAAGGUUCGACUAGUGUCAAGCGAGGAAAAGGAGCUUCCUGCAGCACGAAAGGACAGCCCACAACCCGCACCCGCAGGGCCGUCGACAGACAAAGUCGUGGUGGACCCUACCAAAGGUGGUGCAGUGUCGCCAAAAUCACCACAACAGUCCAAUACUUUGGAAGUGACGCCCGGUGUAUGGGUAUGGGAUAGGAUCGUGCGGCUUUUGGAAAUUGAUCUUUUCUCGGCCAACUGGGAGGUCCGGCAUGGUGCUGCCCUGGCGCUCCGGGAACUUUUGAAGGUGCAGGGAUCCGGCGGCGGUAUGCAAGACGACGCAAGUCACGAACAGAACGAGUUCAACCAUGAACGGUGGUGCAAUGAUCUAGCCGCGAAGCUUCUAUGUGUUUUUGUUCUUGAUAGGUUUGGCGACUUCGUGUCUGAUCAAGUCGUUGCUCCUGUUCGCGAAACUGUUUCACAAACAUUAGCAUCGCUACUAAUCCAUAUGCCCCGACGUUCCGUCAGCCACGUCCAUUCAAAUCUUCUUCAAAUGAUAAGGCAAGAUUUCGACCUGACGAAAGAUGCUAUCAAGGAUGGCAAGGGACAUGUAUGGCAGGUUAGACACGCCGGUUUGCUGGGAAUAAAGUACGAAGUGGCCGUGAGAUCGGACCUUUUCCUUCCCAGCGAAGGUGAUUUGCAGAGUCAAACCGCGAAAGAGAUCCUUCAAGGCGUGGUAGACGCGGCUGUCUUGGGUCUCGGUGAUCAUGACGAUGACGUUAGGGCUGUAGCUGCUUCCUGCCUCCUACCUGUGGCUGAACAGCUAGUCCAUCAAUUGCCAGAGUGUUUAGACCGAGUCCUAGUAGUUUUAUGGGGAUGUCUCGGGGACAUGAAGGAUGACCUUAAUUCAAGCGUUGGCGCUGUAAUGGAUUUGCUAGGCAAAUUGGUAACUUAUGAUCGAGUCAUUGACAUUCUCGCGCAAGCCUCUGUUUCUCUACCUCUCACUCAAUUGGCACCUACACUAUUCCCAUUCUUCCGACAUACCAUACCUAAUGUCCGCCUCGCCGUAGUUAACACCCUUCUUUCCUUCAUGACCGUCCCCUCCCUUCCUCGUGACUGGAUUGUCACGCCAUUCCUUUGCUUACUCUUCCAAAAUCUCAUCGUCGAAGAACGUCGAGACAUUCGGACUACCACUUUGAAGGCUUGGCAGAUCGCGCUCGAGAUCAUCUCUGGGACGCCGGGAUGGAUGAGAGAGGUGGCUCACCAACAGGUUGUCUUGGAUUGGUAUGCGAUCAUUAUGACGCCGUUGGGAGUACCCAUCAACAAUGUGACGUUCUUUAACCCGGUUACGAACACCGAUGCGGAUGGCGAGAGGCACAAUGUCGACAAGAACAUGCUGGCGCAGGAUCUCUCCCUCGUUUCUGUCGAGGUCAUCCUGCAAGCACGAAUAGCAGCAGCUACGGCGUUGGCAUACUUGAUUGCAUAUUGGCCAGAGAAGGAUUCCUUCGAGGAGCUGUUCCAACCAAUACUGAUCCACUAUCUUGAUUCUACGAGUAUGCUCCAGAAAUUCUUAUCCGCAAUCAUUGCAGAAGAAUGGGCUCGUUCUUCCCCUCCGUCUGUUAUUGAGAAUUCUUCUCUGGCACAAGACCUUAGCGCACGAACUCUGGCCUGGCUACAAGGUCCUCCACCAAACGCAUACCACGAAAUGGCCCUUACGUUACAUCGCAUCCAUGCUGAUUGCUUCUCUCUGCUCCAAGGCUUCGCUACCGAGUGCAAACUUCCUAUUUCUAUCAUACCCAAACUUGGAACCGAGAUCGACAUCAUGGGAACGAGGGAGGAUUGCUUCACCGUUGACAAGGCCAAGGAAGCCGUCGGCGAGAUGUACACGGAACUCAAGAACAAACUCGGACGCACGAAGAAGCGCGAGCUCACACUUCUUGCUGAAAAGCGGGCAAGUGUCGUCCAGACCAUCGAACGAUAUGGGGAGAUCAAGGCACAGCAUGAUGUUCGGGUCUCAGCCGCCUUUGCCGCAGCGUUUGUUGCCUUCAAGAGCACGCCCGACAAGGUCAGCCCGGUAGUCAAAGGCAUCAUGAACGGCAUCAAGAACGAGGAGAACAUCGAUCUCCAGACUCGCUCGGCAGCUGCUGUUGCGCUCUUCGUCGAGUUCUGCGUCCAGCACAAAUUAUCACAACCGCCGGAUAAGAUAGUCAAGAAUCUGUGUACAUUCCUCUGCCAAGAUACCGAGCAGACACCGACGUUUGCAUACAGCCGCAAUAUGCUGAAGGGUAUCUUGACUUUCCAGACCCUCAACAAAUCGGAGGUGGUGCGUAACGGGAAGGACCACGACAAGACCAAGGAUGAAGGAGGUGUCAACAGCCGUCUGUCAAGACGUGGCGCGUCCCUUGCGUUCCAGAAGCUGUCGGUCAAGUUUGGGGCCAAGCUCCUGGAGACUAUUCCAAAAAUGUGGCAUUCCAUGGCUGGUGGCCUGCUGAGCGCGUGUUCCACGGAGUCGCCUCAAGAAGCCGACCGCCUUAUCGACAAACAGUACGGGCAGGACGUCGUAGACUCGCUUAGCGUUCUGGAAGCUGUCGCACCCACACUGCACGAGGACUUGUGGCCAAAACUUGCUGAGCUAUUCCCGAUGAUGUCAAUCUGCCUCCGGAGUCGCUUUUCUAUCAUACGCCAGUCCGCUGCCAAGUGUCUUGCAACAGCAUGCUGCGUGAUGACCUCAGAAGCGAUGCGCUUUGUUAUCGAGAAUAUCAUUCCUCUCCUUGGUGAUCCCGUGGUGCUGUCCAAUAGACAGGGCUCAGCAGAGCUGAUAUACCAUAUUGUGCAGAAGCUCGACAUCAAGGCACUGCCCUAUGUUAUCUUCCUUGUUGUUCCUGUUCUUGGUAGAAUGAGCGAUCCCGACGAUGACAUUCGAUCUACUGCAACGAACACCUUUGCGUCUCUGGUCAAGAUGGUGCCUUUGGAGGCUGGAUUGCCAGAUCCCCCUGGUUUCCCGGAAGAGUUGCUGAAACGUCGCGUGGAAGAACGUCAGUUCCUUACGCAGCUUCUGGAUGGCAGCAAGGUCGAGCAAUACGAGAUCCCUGUCAAAAUCGAUGCAGAGCUACGGAAGUACCAGCAGGAUGGUGUUAACUGGCUGGCUUUCCUCGCCAAAUAUCAGCUGCAUGGUAUUCUAUGCGACGAUAUGGGUCUUGGCAAGACUUUGCAAUCAAUAUGUAUCCUCGCGAGCAAGCACCAUGAACGAGCUAAGAAGCACGAAGAAACUCAAACUCCCGACACUGUCCACCUUCCCUCUCUCAUAAUCUGCCCACCGACACUAACAGGCCACUGGUACUACGAGAUUCUCAAGUAUGCCGAAAACCUGCGCCCAAUCCUCUACACUGGCAAUUCUCGUGAAAGAGCAAAAUUGAUCACCAAAAUUGCCAAGAAGGACAUCGUCAUUACCUCCUACGAGGUAGUCCGCAAUGACAUCUCCAGCCUGGAGGACAUUAACUGGCUAUACUGCAUUUUGGACGAGGGGCAUGUCAUCAAAAACGGGCGGACCAAGCUCACGAAGGCGGUGAAGUGCAUUCAAGCCCAGCAUCGUCUCAUUCUGUCGGGGACUCCGAUCCAGAACAACGUGCUUGAAUUAUGGAGUCUCUUCGACUUCCUGAUGCCCGGCUUCUUGGGUACGGAGACAUUAUUCAAUGAACGAUUCAGCAAGCCUAUCCUAUCAAAUCGCGAUGGCAAGGCCAAAAGUGGUGAAGCAGCUGCACUUGCUCUGGAAGCUUUACACAAACAAGUCUUGCCAUUCCUGCUGCGCCGCCUGAAAGAAGACGUGCUUCACGAUCUCCCGCCAAAGAUCAUCCAAGACUACUAUUGUGAUCUUUCCGAGGUUCAGAAGAUCUUGUAUGACGACUUUGACAAAUCUCAAGCUAAGAACGAGGUGGAGGGCAUCGUCCAAAAGUCAGGACCUGCGCCGGAUGGAAAAGGUACCGGUCAACAGCAUAUCUUCCAGUCGCUUCAGUACUUGCGGAAAUUGUGCAAUCAUCCAUCACUCGUUCGCAAAACGAACGAGGGCGCUGUUGUCAAGGCUUUGGGGAAGGUGGGUUGCGAUGUGAAAAACCUGAGUGACAUCCAACAUGCACCGAAACUUUUAGCUCUCCGUCAACUUCUGACAGAUUGUGGUAUUGGCGGCGGCUCUGGCGGCGGUUCUGAGAAAAACGAGCCAAGCGAAGCUAUCACCGAAUCUGCUGGGGCUUUCUCUCAACAUCGCGCUCUCAUUUUCUGCCAGAUGAAGCAAAUGAUUGACAUCAUUGAAAACGACCUCUUCAGACAACACAUGCCAUCGGUCACGUAUAUGCGCCUUGAUGGAAGCACGGAUGCGAAUAAGCGCCACGCUAUCGUGCAGACGUUCAACGGCGAUCCCAGUAUCGACUGCCUACUUUUGACCACGCAUGUUGGUGGCCUUGGUCUUACGCUCACGGGAGCGGACACGGUCAUCUUCGUCGAGCAUGACUGGAACCCGAUGAAAGACCUCCAGGCUAUGGAUCGUGCUCAUCGGAUUGGCCAAAAGAAGGUUGUCAACGUUUACCGCCUCAUUACGAAAGGCACUUUGGAAGAAAAGAUCAUGGGUUUGCAACGCUUCAAGCUAAACAUAGCAAACUCAGUAGUCACUCAGCAAAACUCGGGCCUCGCCUCCAUGGACACCGAACUUGUCCUGGAUUUGUUCAAGCGAACCACUGAAGAAGAAGACGCGGCUGCGGCCAAGAAGGCCAAGGAGGCAGCUGGGCCGGUCAGCCAAAAGGCCAUCUUGCAGGGUCUCGAGGACUUACCAGCCGAAGACGAGUACGAAGGACUCGAUCUACCUAGUUUCAUGGGAUCAUUGGGGAGUUGAAGUAUGUGACGUUUCCUAUGUCCGUUCGCGCUUUCGUGUUCAUGCUGCACUUGCUCUCGCAUUACCACUACAACCUAAUUCUGGUUAUCUUAGUCGCCUGUACAUGUACACUUACCUUGCAAUAAUGUAUAGUGUAGCCCUAUAUACAAUAGAAUGCUCUUGCUCUGAUCGCUUGC